CGCGUCAUUAACCCCGAAACGGACUAACGUUCUCCACACGCGCCUGGACGCGUCGAGCCUUUUCGCGCCCUGUGUUCCUUUUCAAGUGCUAAAGUGCUAAGUGCUCCUCCUUAACACCGCAUCCCUUCUCUCUUCCCACCUCUACACCAUCCCACCUUCCACCUCUUACUACCCUUUUAACCUUCAAUUACUCGGUAUCUCUUACUCUGAUUAUAUUUUCAGCCGAGUUUAUCGAUCGUAACUACUCCACGACCCCUGAGCCAGCUCCCGUCCGAAGGGAAAAUUUGCAGCCGCGAUGCCGCGCACUGCCAGACAGAGCGCCCUCCUCCAAAGCCAACCAGCAAUUCAGAGCUUUGGCCGGGCAACCAAGGCUGGCAUUACGCCGUCCCUGUCCGCCAAAAAGACUGCUUCCCUGCCCGUUUCCCCGUCGAAGAAGAGGAAGCUACAGGAGCUGGAGAAUGUGGACGGUGCCGGUCGGCAAUCGGUCGAUGAGGAGGCCAACACGCCUUCCAAGACUUUGAAAAUCAGCCAGUUGUCCGUUUCGUCACCGCGCAGUGGUCAUUAUGCGUCGCCAAAGCGGACCCCCAGUCGUCGCGCUCGUGUCUCGACCGCCGCCAAUAUCCCCGAAGUUCCCGACACCCCCUCGAAACAGCGCACAAUCAACUUGGAAAAGGUCAUCCCCGAGCCGAAAAUUGCACCACGCGCACCUUGUGUGAAUGAUUUCUUGAAUCUGCACUCUGCUUUCGUCCAGGCCCUCUCCAUUCACUUCGCUCACAACGGCCUCAUUUCCCCGGCCGAUUUCCGCGAGUUCCUCCCAAGCGUAACCAGAAUCUGGAAAAAGCGCAAGGUGCAGCCGAAAGAUCUUCAACGCCUAUUGUGGGUCUGGGAUCGCAGCUUGAAGGCCAAGGAUAUAUCGUAUCGCCUGGCAAACUAUGGAUUGGGCAAGGUGUGCCUGGAAAGAACGGCCCUGGUGGAUGAGCAGGCCCCUGCUUUGCAGGAUGCAUUCGAACAGGCCCUGGAUCUACUUUGGGAGCAGACGGAACCUUCUCUCGAAAUUGCCAAGGAGGAAGAUCGUCCGGCACUAUUCCUCGAGUCUCUUGGCCUCGCGCCUAUUCAUGAAUCUCUUACCCCCUUCACUGCGUUUAAGAAAGGCCAGCAGCGACUGCAGGACUUGAGGUCUGGUGUGAUCCGCAUGAAGACCGAGAAACUACGCGCGGAGGGAGAGAUUGGAGAGUCUAAGCCUCUGGCUCCUGCGAUCAACCGUCGUCAAAGCCUCCUGGAUCGCAUUAAGAAUAAGGAGCUGCGCCAGUCCAAGUUGCCUCCUCCGCCGACCAAGAAGGAGAUGAUACGUCGUUCGGCUGCUGAUCGUGUUGAGGAAGUUGUAGGUGUUCUGGCUCUUCUGCGCCCAGCUACCUACGUGGGCACUGGUAUCAAGGCCCUCUUCGCUAGCCAGCGCAAGCCUUUCAGGUUGGAGACUAUCGUCGACCAUGUUCGUGAUUCUGUCCGGAUUCCUAUUCCUCGGGACGAAGUCGAGGCGUGCCUCGAGAUUCUGGCUGAUACCCGUGUGGCCGGUCACUGGGUGACUAUGGUUACUGUGAAAGACAUCCGCUCGGUGGUGCUAAAGUCUUGCAAGGACAUUCAGGCGAAUGAACUUGGAGCCAAGGUGGCUCAAGUGAUGGCCGAGUGGGACAAGCCCGUCGCUUGUGUACCGGGGCCCAUCUUGCAGAUCUGAGGGAUCCUUGGUGGAUUGUAUUUUGGAUUUCUUCGUUGUAUACCUCGCAUUCGCGGAGCCGGUUUUGCUCGCGAUCUUGCAUUGAAGCGUUGUUCUGAUACCCUGUACUUUGUGAACAUCAUGUCUGUUAGCAUACAUCUUACCAUCAUACCCAUAACCUCAACAAUAAAUCUUAAUGACAGUGAUCAAAGAGCUUG